GUGUUGUAGUCUAGUGGCAGAAAGUAGUCUUGGCGCCUUCCCUUGACACUGCUUUCCGGAGACUGUUGGAGAAAGAGCUGCUUCUUCCUGCCUCCCAGGCUGCGUAGCGGCUCCGGUUGCCGGGGAACGCAGGCGCCGUAGGAAGGGAUGGCGGGAGGAUACAGCUUAGGUGCUGGCGCCGGAGUUGAGCUGGUAAAGAAGAGCUCCGGCUAGUCAUGAAACAGCGGAAAGGCCAGGAACCUGGGGGUGGCCGUGGGCGCAAGAAGAGAGGUUUGAGUGACAUUUUGCCAUCUACAAGCCUACCACCUCUGGUUGAAGGCCAGCUACGCUGCUUUCUAAAACUUACUAUUAACAAAAUCAUAUGGAAGAUUACAAAGCCUCCCACUUGUGUACUUGUCCGAGUGAGAUGGUGGGGAGAAACUUCAAAUGGAACCCUCUUUUGUCCCAGGGAUGCAUUACAGACAGAACCAAAAGCUGUGAGAACAACUACACGUUAUGCUAUUCGCUGUGGUCCAAAGCAGUUUACUUCUUAUCUAACAGAUAUGGCUGUUCUGGUGCUGGAAGUAAUCACCAAAGUUGAUCAUCUUCCGAUUGGUAGAGUUCAGAUCAAUGGAAUAGCCCAGCUUUCUCCAACUCAUCAGAUCAAUGGAUUUUUUACCAUUGUUUCGCUAACAUCCAAGAAACUUGGAGAACUUCAGGUCUCACUUGCCCUGGAACCUCUCUCAGAAACUUAUGACAGCUAUAGUCCUCUUCAUCACACUGACAAGACACAAAAUGGCCAUUUAUCUGAGCAGGAAUACAGAAAGAAUACAGAACCCAGCAGUACCCAAUUUCUGAUUCCAUCAAGGUCUCAUGGGAUACCCACCGUCAAAAUUGAUAGAAAAGAAUUAGCAGCCAACAGUAGUAGAUCAAGCACACCAAGGGGGAAGGACCACUUGUACUUUGCAGAGAACUCUGAUACAAUAAAGGAUUCUUUCUUUGGGCUACAGCACCAUCUUAAUUCUGGACAGAGUUUAGAGUGUAUAGCUGUAGAAGCCAAAGUGCCACAGAAGCAGAUAUCCCUUCCCGACAGUACUCAGUACCAGCCUCAAAUUAGGAUAGCUGUGAAGAGUCACAGUGACUCGUGUGUUCUUUCUUCAAACAACCGUCCUACCAAAGACCUGCUUUCAGCUCUGUUAGAACAAGGCAAUAAACUGCGUAAUGCCAUGGUGAUUUCUGCAAUGAAAUCAAGCCCGGAUACUAGCAUGUUGCUGGACAAGGUUCAUCCUCCUGUGAAGGAAGAUUCUCUUACAUCAUCAGCACAGAAUCAACUUAAAGGUCACAUAGAAGAUCAAGUGCUCUCUCCAACAGAACAUACAUUUAGGAAGCAUGAUACAAAAACUGAAACUAGAGCCAUACAGCUACUAUUAGGCAGUGCUGAAUUAUCCAAAGAUCAUUGCUGGAAUGGAUUAGGCUCCCCUCCAGAUUCCCCAUCUCCUGGGAGUGAUGUGUAUUGCAGCAGUGAGCUGAAUGACCCUCAGUAUGACCAGAGUCUCCUGGAGAACUUAUUUUAUACGGCACCUAAAUCUGAUAACAGCAUCAGUGAUUUUCUAAGUGAAGAUGAUGAUAUUUUCCCUGCUAAGAAAAUGAAUCAGUCAAAAGCUCUUGGCAGAUCUUCUAAGGUUCUAGAGCCAAAAGAUCAUAAGCUGAUGAAGAGGACAGCAAGCAAGGAAAACAAAGAUCUGGCUGAACCGCAGCUACUUUCAGAAACUCCAGAAGAUGCCCAAGUAAUGACACUAAGUGUGGACAGACUGGCGCUUCUGGGUAGGACACAUUCUGUCAGGAUCAUCAUUGAGACAAUGGGAGUUCCUGUAGAUGGUCUUGAGAUGACCCCAGGCAAGAAAAGCUCUGCUGGGAAACCACCUAAGCUGACAACAGUAAAAAAGCGCACUUUCUUUGUGGAAUAUCACUUUCCUGUGGGGUUUUCCAAAAGUGGAUUGGAAAAGACAGCUUUGAUCACUGAAGUUGUUCGACUUGCCUCCAGUAAAGUUACAGAUGGAAUGGUGAAAUUCCAGCAGCGAUCUGUGUUUCCAGUACAGUUUGAUGGCUCAAUGAUACAGCACUGGUGGAAUUCUAACCUCACUUUCCAAAUUUAUGCAAAACAGCCUCCUCAGAAAAAGCCAGAAGUUAUCGGUUCGGCAUUACUUCCUUUGCGAGCUGUCAUUCAGUCAGAGCUCCUUUCUUUCACUGGUCAACUCCCAGUGCAACAGGAAAAUGGUCAGACUCCGCUUGGCCCCCUGAAGGUAACCGUGGAACUUGUUAGAGAUAGCAAAGAUUUCACAGGUGUUAAUACUAAAUUAACUAGCAGCACCCAACAUACCCCACUUUGUGCUGUGACAAGUCCAGAGAAGAUUCUACAAGAAUCUAAGCAAGAUACAAACUGUACCAGAAAUCCACAGAACCUAAAUCAAAUUCAUGAGGAAACUACAAAAAAAGCACAGAAUUUGGUGCUUCCCAACCCAAAGUCUCCAAGCUCUGUAGCAACAAAUUCUUCAGCCUUCGUGGCUGUGCCAGCCUCUCACAGUUUACUAAAUCAAGCAAAUGAGUCAACAAAAGAAAAUGCUUUGCUGUUGCAUGUGCUGUUGAUGGUGCCAGAUGGGAAAGACUUCAUUACUGGAGAAUCUGAGAAACAGCCACCGUGCAAUGUUUAUUUAAUUUGCAAAUUCUUCAGCACAGAGGAAGUUACCAGAUCUGUCAUUGCAUGGAGUACAACACAGCCAGUUUUUAACUUUUCUCAGGUAAUUCCUAUCUCUAUGUCUUCCAAAUACCUGGAAAGGCUUAAAAACAACGUGAUGAUAAUUGAAACUUGGAACAAGGUGCGGAGCCCAGGACAGGACAAGCUGCUCGGGCUGGUGAAACUCCCUCUUCAUCAGUUUUACAUGUCAUUCAAAGAUCCGAAGGUUUCUCGCCUGCUGCUUGAUGCUAGGUAUCCAGUUGUCGCUGUCGACAGCUACAUGCCUGUGAUUGAUGUAUUCUCAGGCCACCAAAAUGGGAGUCUUCGAGUGUUUCUAGCCAUGGGCUCUUCAGAUCAGAUAAUAGCACUGCAAAGAUUAAAGACUGAAGAAGGAACACUCCCUCCCUCUGGCCCUAGGCCCGCCCAUUUCCUGGACCAGCCAUCUGUGGCAUCUGUAGCUAUGGCAGAGGACCAAGGAAGUGGGUUGAUGGAGCACCACUUUGAGUUCCGUGUAGAGAUGGUUAAAGGGCUAGUCCCUCUUCAGGCAACAGUCUGGGGAGAAGCAGAUUGUUAUGUCCAGUACUAUUUUCCAUUUCAAGACUCGCAGUCCAGUGUGCUCAGAGGACCUGAGUUCCUUGAAAAUGGAAUUACACUGAAGCCCUUCAGAACUGCAACCACACUCUGCAUUCCAGAUCCCAUCUUUAACAGUGAGCACCAUCAUACUCUCCUGUUGCCCGCUGAAGUUCCAGUGCAAAGGCUCCUCCUCAGUGCCUUCUCUGCACAGGGGCUCGUGCCUGGAGGUGGAGUCCAGUUUGAAGUCUGGUGCAGAUACUAUUAUCCUAAUGUGCGAGACCAGAUGGUUGCCAAAGGAACCUUGCCAUUAUCGAGGAUCUGUGCCAUGGUAACCGUGCAGCACCGUGAGGAUGUGGGAAUACAGACCUUUAAUCUCCCUUUAACCCCCAGGUUUGAGAACAGCAAAGAAUUGAGGAGCCAGUCAUCAGGUUUAUUGGAUGUGGGCAUAAGGUACCGGCGUAGUCCAAGAACAGCAGAGGGAGCUCUUGCUGCCCGAACUGUCUCCAUCUCUGUCCACAUUAUCAGAGCCUGCGGACUGCAAGCAGCAGCCAAGGCUUUGGCUGAACAGGAACCCGCUCUACAGUUUAGUGCCACCGUUGGGGUCAAUGCCUCGGUCACUGCUCAUCUCUCAUUCCUGCCCAAGGGAGAACAGCGCCAAACCCGUCCUGUGGCCUGUUCCUUUUGCCCUGAGUUCUCGCAUCACAUUGAGUUCCCAUGUAACUUGGUAACUCAGCACUGUAGUGGAGAAGCCUGUUUCCUGGCAGAGCUCUUAGAAUUUGCAGAAAUUACUUUUGCAGUCUAUCAUGAAAAUACCAAAUCAGUCAGUGAUAUAGCCAGUAUCCAGUCAUGCAAAGAGUAUCUGCUCGGAGUAGUGAAGAUUCCAACAAAAGAGCUCCUAGUCAAGAGAUCUGGGAUCACAGGAUGGUAUCCUGUCCUUUUACCAGAAAACACAGGCCUGCCUCAUGGCUUGGAGCUUAUGCAGAAGGUUGUGGGUGGUCUGGAACUUUCAGUUUCCUUCACCCGUCCUGGAGAUAGAGAGCGGGUACUGGAAGCUGCUGAACUAUUGGGCUGGAGCUUUGAAAAUAACUUGAAGGAUCUUGUCAAGACAGAUGAAGAAGAACUAGCCAUGGUCACCAUCUCCACUCCAAGACUGUGGCUGCCCAUCCAUUGCGUGCUGCUUGCUGGCCACAAACAUAUUCAUAAGAGUACUUAUUGUUACCUUCGCUAUAAACUAUAUGAUCAUGAAGCCUUCUGGACCCCUCUCAAGAAGCCUAAGGAAUCUGCAAACAAAAACCAGGUCAUGGUUACUUUCAAGGCAUCUAAAAGAGCAGAAGUCACUCGGGGCCCAUCACUGCUUUGGUACUUCAGGGAGGAGAGGCUAGAGAUCCAAGUGUGGCGAGCUUAUGGCAGUGAUAGUAUGGAGAGGCCCCACCAGACAGACAGCUGGAUUGGAUCAGCCUACGUGGACUUGGCCAGACUUGGGGAGAAGUCAGCAAGGACACUAACUGUCAGUGGUGUGUAUCCUCUGUUUGGACGAAAUGCUUCUAACCUCUCAGGAGCUGCCUUGCGAGUGCAUGUGGUUCUUUCCUCUCUUUCCCCACACGCUGAGCCCACUCAUGAGGGGGACUCCAUGGACUGCAGCAGCCACAGUGAGUCUGAGCAGCCUCCCAGAGGGAAUGAGGAGAUGGAGCUCUCUCCACGCUGUGGCCACCAGAAGUCUGCGUCUACCCAGGUUCCCUGCAACAGCACCGCAGCUGAAGUCUGCCUAGCCCAGGAGGACCCUCCCGAGUUGGACGGGACUUUUGCAGUCAGCAUCCUGGUAGAAAGAGCGAUGCACUUGAGCUUGAAAGGGAGCCCCUUGACCAAGCGGAAAGUACCUGUACCCAGUUGUUGUGUGUCCUUUGCAACAGCAGUUGAGCCAUCUCCUGUAUACACCCAAGUGGUUGAAAACACAGAGUCCCCCAUCUGGAACUUUCAACAGCAGUCAAGGCUAUCAAAAGAGCUUCUUCUGGACCCACAGCAAACCCUGGUCUUCAAAAUCUGGCAUAAAGGAGGUGAGGAGAGAGUGAUUGGUUUUGCCUCCGUGGACCUCUCCCCGCUGCUCUCUGGCUUCCAGUUUAUCUGUGGCUGGUACAACAUUACAGACUUCAGUGGAGAGUGCCAAGGGCAAAUAAAGGUCGCCAUCUCCCCUCUGGAGAGUCUGAUACGCUUCAAAGAAGAGAGACAAGCAAGACGUGGGAUGGAGACCCAAGCAUCACUGACCCCAGUGUACAGUCCCUUUUCCUUCCCUGCCUCUGAUAUACGUGCUGCGUUCCCCGGUGGUGUUGCAAGACACACUCAAGACCAGCUUACUUACACCUCUUCAAAGGACCUUCAUUGCUCCUCUCCCGGAAGAAGUAAUACCGUAAGAAGCCCAGGAUCACGUCACGAAGAGCACGUGCAGAACAUCCGCCGAUUCCAUGAAUCUUUGCAGCAGGGAGAGGCAGUCUCAGCAAGUGAUGACGGACUCACGGCGUCACCUUUGUCUUCCAGCACCUCCAUUCUGACUUCACUAAGGAAGAAUCUGAGUGAGCUCGAUGAGAUCCAGCAGUACUUCAGCCAGAAGCUCACCAAGCCUUUCCUGCCUCUCAGCCCUCACACCAAUCCUGCCAUUUUACAGUGCCAGGAGAACCACAGGGACCAGCCUGGGCCAGGAGUCAGCAGCCGAGACCUGCAGAACCAGUGCAUUCUGGAGAAAUCCAGUAACCUGGUGUUGCAGGUCAGCUCUUUAAUCUCAGAUCUGCAGACAAUCACCAAGAAUUCUCAAGCAGCGUUGACUUCUCACCGAGCGAGGAGUAGAAGGCAAGAGGUCACCACACUCGCAGAUGCUCAGGAUACAGAGGCCGUGCAAGAACGAAGCACAACUCCAGAUGAGCCUUUGGCAAGCGCUGCAGAGGCGGGCACACGUUCCCCACCUCCCCCUGCUCUCGAGGGGACUUCUGAUGGAGGAGGAGUGCUCCAGGAGCCCCUGGGACGCACAGUACCUGUUUCCAGAAUGCAGAGCAGUGAAGAGGCUGAGGCAGGCCCUGCCUACAGUGACGAGGACUAUGAAGAAGACAUCAUUGAGCCCAGGACCCUAAAUGAGAUCACCACUGCGACAGACAAAACUAGUCCUUGGUCCAGUUUCACAUCAGACACGAGUGAGGCCAUCAGCCCUCAGCCUGAUGAGGUGCAGAAAGAACGUCCCUCCUCUCCUUCUCCAGGACCUUCACCCAGAGAGGCGCUCAGGGCCAAAGGCAGCUUUCUGUCCAGCCCAAAAAUGGCUGUCGACUCCCACCUACCUAGGAAGAGUGCUCCUAGCCUUGUUGCUUGUGAGGGUGGAGCCUCUAAGGCCAGGGUUGGCGAGGCUGCCUCAACCACACCUCAGCCUGGCACAUACCUACCGCACUCAGGAACCCAACGGAGCAAGACGUUCAUCGGGUGGAGCUCACCACGAGCAGAUCAGGACAAGGAGCCAAAGCCAGAGGCCCAGGCUGACAAUGAAGCUGCCUCCAGUGAGCUCAGUGACUCUCCUGAUAGCAUGGAGAAAUCCCCUCAACACCUGACCUCCCAAAGGAAAAGAGAAAGCCAUAAAAAGCCACCUGUGGAGUCCCCUAACAUCAGGCAGAAGCAGGUGACAACUGGCUCAGAGGUGUCCACAAGGCAGAGCCUCCUCCCAGAGCCCAUUGUUGUGCCCAACUUCUUUUUGCCUCCCCAGCAGUUGGAGGCCUCCCUACGGCUGCUGUCAUUCUCUACAGCUUUGCCACCACCAGCCGCAGCAGAUGAGGACAAGAGUGAAGCCACCAGUGGAGCCUUCUCCCAGAGGCCUUGUCGCCCCAGACCUCACUCACUCCCUCCCAACCUGCCUGAGGAAGAAACUCGCAGGAUUGCUCGGAUAUUUUCUUCUCAGUGCUCCAAGAAAGACUGAUGCAGCCUGAGGGACUGAGGGCAGGGGCCACCUGCCCACCGCCCUCAGCCCUGUCUGGCUUGCAGGAGGUGUCAGGUCCACUUCCCUUAGGGCUGUCACGGCCUCGAACCACCACCAGCCACCUCGUCCACGGGUACCUGAGACACACCGUGUACGGAGGGAUGUUCCUCCCACCAGCACUUCAGCUGCUUCCUUCUGUGGUGAGGAAACAAUUCCGAGUGGCCCACCUGUCUCAGGGACCAAGCAGGCAUCUUUCAGCAGAGAAACUUCCCAGUGUCCUCACGGCCAACUGCUCACCUGAGCCCACCUCUGCCUGCCCUCUUUGCCUUAAAGGUUGGAACCUGACCAGGGCUUCGGGCAGGUUGUAGGUCGUGUGCAUCUUCCAUAGCCAAGGAAAGCUUAGAGCAUCUCCAGCUCAUCUGCUUGGGAGUAAGGGUAUUUUCUAGAUAGAAACUUUUUCAUGUUGUAUUGAAUUAAUCAAUAGGAGAGAAGGGGGAAAUCCCCUCCUUUAAACUGUUAAUCUGAUUAUCUGAAAUUCUAACCAUGCUCUUAUUGUUUUUACCCAGCUUUGAUGAUUUUUGUUUCUACCUUGAAAUAAAAUCCUAUUGGUAUUUGU